GAAAAAGUUGCUUAUGUACCCAAAUUAAAGAUCUUGAUUGACCCUCAAAUCGAAGUAUUUUGUCCUUUUCAUGAGUGCGAAUCCAAUUGGUGUAAAUUAAAUAUUUCACGUCUCCAUGAUUGAAGCUUAAUUUAUCUCUAAAUUAGUUGAAAUUUAGGGUCUUAAUUAUUAAAAGAGCUCGCUAGAGAAGAAGAGAUUAAGUAAGAGAAAUAUGGAAGCUAAUUAUAAAGAGACAAACUCCAUUUCAGCUUCACUUAAAUCUUACCCCAUGAAUGGUGGAGAAGGCCCUAAUAGCUAUGCCAAUAAUUCCAGCUUAUAUCAGAAAAGAGGACUGGAUAUAGCCAAGACAUUUUUAUACGAAGAGAUCAACAAGAAGCUUGACGUGAAGCUGCUUUGUUCUUCUUCAAAUUCCUUCAACAUUGCAGAUUUGGGAUGUUCGGUUGGACCCAACACAUUUCUGACCAUCCAAAAUAUUAUAGAAGCCAUAAAAUUCAAUUUCCAAUCCCAGAACUUGAACCCUAACACCAUAGAAUUUCAAGUCUUUUUCAAUGACCAUACUUUGAAUGAUUUCAACACUCUCUUCAAGUCUCUUCCUUCUGACAGAAACUAUUUUGCUGCUGGUGUGCCUGGCACGUUUCAUGGAAGCUUAUUUCCCAAGGCCUCAUUGCAUUUUGUACACUCUUCUUAUUCGAUUCAAUGGCUCUCUAAAGCUCCGGAUGAAGUUCAAGACGAAGGCUCUCUUGCAUGGAACAAAGGAAGGAUUCUUCAAGAUGGAAGUGAGGAUGUUGAAAAGGCUUAUGCAUCUCAGUUUGCUGAUGAUAUGGUGUCGUUUUUGAGAGCUAGAGCAAUGGAGAUUGUCCCUGGAGGUUUCAUGGCUCUUCUCCUUCCAUGCAUACCACAUGGUGCAAAUCCUUCAAAUUGUUCUUUGAUUGCAAAUUUGGAACUUAUGGGCUCUUGCCUAAUGGACCUCGCCAAGAGGGGUUUGGUGGAAGAAGCAAAAGUGGACUCCUUCAACCUGCCCUUAUACUUUGCAACUAAGCAGGAGAUAGAGCUAUUGAUACAGAGAAAUGGGUGCUUCAAGAUUAAGAGAAUGGAGCAAAUGGAACGCCUCAUGGGAGACAUAACAAGACCAACUGUCGAGAAGUUUGCGUUGCUUAUGAGAGCUGGAUUUGAAGGGAUUAUUAAGCAACAUUUCGGAAGCCAUGAGUUCAUUGAAGAGCUCUUCAACCAUUACACAGACAAACUCAUCGACCAUGGCCUCUUCUUGGAUUCUAGUUACAUGCCGAUGUUUGACUUGUUUGUCUUUCUCAACCGCAUUAAAUGAUCAUCGAGUAUUUUGUACAAAUAUCUAUAAUAAAUUUUUAUGUAAAAUAAUAUUGCA